CUCGACGCGUUGGACAUAUGGGUAGCCUAAAGAGCGUUAAAGUGUCAGUAGGUUAUGUCUGCAUGAAAGUUAAAGAAAGAAAAUGCCGUUGUCGUGGUAUCUUGGUUGUAGCCUAAAAGCACUUGAAAGGCUACGCCCGUACUUGGUCGACAAGAUCAUCGCCAGUCGACAUUUUGACUACCUUCGCUCAAGGAAGAUCCUGACUCGAGACGAUACGGAGGAGAUAAACUGCCGUACCACAGACCGCAAGCGCGCUGGAAAGCUCUUGGAUUUCCUGGCCGAAAACCCUCGGGGCUUGGAUACGUUAAUUGAAUCUAUCCGUCGGGAGCGCACUAUUAACUUCCUCAUCACUAGGAUAACCGAUGAGGUGCAGAAGGUCAAGAAUGAGAGGAUAGCCGCCUUGAAGGCUGAAGCCUGCAGUGCAAGUCCAAGCUCAAACUAUACCCACAAGCCCGGUGCCACCAACGACCUCUCUCGGACAUUCUCUUAUGAUUCGAACUAUGACAAGUGCUAUGCCUCCACCCUGCUUUACCACCCAGAGGGCGAGAGGAGCCCAAAUAACUCGAUGGCCUCUAGUUCACUAAACCUGUUCAGUGGGUCUCCUAGGGGGCGAGACAACCUUGGGGGCAAUGUUGUUGGCAGUAGUGACAGUAUGAUUGGGUCAUCCUCCUGUGUUUCAUCUUUACCCAAGCCCGGAGACCCAGGGGCUCCCCCGCUACCGGAGGAGGUCCUGGAUGAGGUGCAGGACACAGACCCUGGUGCUUGUGGGAGCACGGCCAGUGGUGGGGACGCCAAUUUUCAACCACUGCGAUCCCGGUCCAUUUCACCUCGCCCUUAACAGCUAGUGAACCUACCCCAUGCCAAUGACUUUACCAUACCAUCAUGGCAUAGGCCCACUUCUGAGACCAUUGAACCUUUCUAUUAUUUUAUGAGUAAGACGUGUAUUUGUGUUAGUGUUGUCCUUCAUUUGUCUUUGUUCAUGGUGCAUAUAUCUUGUCUGAUCAUUUUUAGCUGUCUUCACGUUGUUUUUUUACCCAUCUUGUGCCUUUUUAAAUGGUUCAUGCAUGGUCAAGGAGAAAUCCUUCACUAUACAGCUUCACUCAGAGUUUGUAUACCUCCUUGUAUACCUAAGGUUAUAGGAAAUCCUAGGAUCCCAAUCCAGUUGAAACUUGCCCGUGAUGUGUUUAUAGCUGGCUGAUUAUAUAGCAACCUCAACCUUUGGGCACAUUCUUCACAACAGGCCACUUCAGAACAUGCCCAUGAUGUUGGUUGUGGAUUGGAAUAAGACCCCUCAGUGUCAUAGGGCCCUGAUGCAAAUGUUGGGCAAAGUCUAAAAUCUAACUAAAGCUUGCUUAAUAACUAUGCAAAAUUUAUUGCGAAUGUAAUACCUGAGAAAGGUACUAAGCACAACCAUUGGUGCAGCUAAAAGCUGUCUCACACCACAUGAUGCCGUUAGUUCAUGCACAAGAACCUUGCUCAUAGAAUGAUGUCAGACAACAGAUGGAGCCAUGCGUUGGCAUUUAUCAUGACCUCUAGACAGCCAUCAUCUUCUAUCACUGAUAAUGAUCAGGAAAAGCAUAUAUUUUGUAUCAUUAAUGUAUAACCGCAAAUCACACUGAAGUCAUUAUAAAGAAAUCAAAACCGGCUCAAAUUUAAAAACCAAUUGACAGAGGAUUAUAAAUCAAACUGAAAGUAACUAACUGAACUAACUCAUAUUCAGGAUGAUAUAUGUAGCGUCACUGACUGCUCCCACUGGUGUUUAGCUGGUGGUUGAAGUUAGGUAAAACAAAUGAAUCUAACAGUGGAACCACUACACAUGGAAAUAUAUCAUGAAACUAAAAUAAAUUGAUUGUGAAAUUAUCAAUGCAAACUUCGGAAGAAAUAGGUGUCUGUCUAUAUACUCUAUGUGAAAGAACAAAUCCUGUGUUAGAAAUGUUCCAGUUCAUAUAUCUGUGUUCCACAAUAGUUUAUUGUAGGCUGUAGUCUAAUAUGUAAAGUGGGAUAUAAGGGGAGACAGAAUACAAUGGUAAAUGUUUUCUGUUCACACUAUCUUGUCAGUUUUUAUUUAAAGCUGUGAUGGUUACAAGAGAAUAAAUGUGUUGCUUUUUUUUACCGUC